UGAGUUCUAAAGCAUAACAUUAAAUCCUCUCCAAGCGGUCAGAAUACUCUGCAUUAAUAAAAAUGAAGAAAAUCAUUAUUUAUAACUAAAUAUGGUUUCACCUAUGAAGGAAAUGCUUAAAUUGGUAGAAUUAUUACUUGCUUUAACUAUUGUUAAAGUACUACAUUCAGACUAAUCACAACCCAAAUCUUAAGGUACAGAGGAAAGGAUACAGGUAUUCAUCCGCACUAGAGAACUGCAUGAUCAGAAUUAACCUUCAAGGGAUAGCGAAGUCUUGAUGUCAGAUUCAAGACUGCUAGCCCCACAAUACCUGAAAAUUGCAUGCAAGCUUAUGCCCACCUAGAGGAGUUUUCUGCAGCUGAUAUUUUCAUGGCCAUCCCAGCUAGAUGCGUAUUCUGGCUUAUUACACGUGCAGUGAAUGGCAGUAUCAGCUAGUACAAAAAUAUUAAUCAAUUUAUAAGGGAAUGAGAAAUCAACACAUUUGUUGAUACACGAAAAUACAACCGAAUCAAAAAUGGUGGAGAUGAAAGGUUUGGAAGAAAACCGGGGCAUGCAGAAGGGAGUCGACAGUGAUGGAUUCUUACCACCUCCAGAACAAGGAGAACCACCAAGAAGAAAUGGCCCAAUUUCUAAGAAAGAUGUCAUCGAUAGUAUGUGUUCGUCCUUCAACCAAGAUCUUCUGAUUGCGAAAACAUUCUACUUCUUUUUCUUUUCUGCAUUUGGUUCUCUAUUUCCUCUUCUUGCUGUAUACUUUAAACAGAUGGGAAUGAAUCCAACUCAGAGUGGGUUUCUGAUUGGAGUACGGCCUUUCGUGGAGUUCUUGGCUGCUCCAUUUUGGGGCAGUAUGGCUGACAGAUUUCGGAAAGGUAAAAUAAUGCUGUUAUUUUCUUUGCUGUCCUGGAUUGUGUUUACUCUUGCAUUGGCAUUUAUUCAGCCACCAGCUUCAUCUUGUGUCAUUUUCAAUGCCACUCAUCAUAUCCUUUUUAUCCCUGAAAAAACAACCGGACGAGAGAAAAGAUCUGUAGUUUUGGACUUGGAAGAUUAUAAUCCAAUGUACGAAGAUGAGGAUCUUGUAAACCAAGCCAUGGCAGUUGGAGCUUCUAGAUAUGAAAAUAACCCCAAAUAUUACUACCAAGAAUCUAACAACACUUACGAUGACAUCAUAGACAAUCUGGACGAGGAAGAAAUUGGGAACUGGUUGAUGGGAAUACGCAAAAGGCGUGAAAAGGAAACAAAAGAACCAGAGGACUAUGACAAGGAAGAAAAAGGCAGAUUUAAAGAGAAAGAUAGUUCUUAUCAAGUUGUAGGCAAGUCUCCAAAUUCCGUCGAAUAUACCCUCAACUACAACCAAGAUCAGCAUACUUCUUAUGUAUCUCCACGUUUCAGUUCUAUAGUGUAUAAAUGGGAAGAUGUUCAAGAAGUUUUCUUCCUGUUGGUGCUCCUCAUAGUGCUUGGGGAGUUCUUUAGCGCUCCAGCUAUCACUUUAGCCGAUUCAGCGACGCUGUCUUAUUUGGCAGAUAAUGCUGAUAACUACGGUAAGCAGCGGAUGUUUGGUUCUCUAGGUUGGGGUCUGGCCAUGUUUUUCGUCGGCAUUGCUUUGGAUCAAUCAACGUCCUUCCCAGAUCAUCCUUGUGGCCCGCAUGAGAGAGAACGUAAUUACACUAUAUGUUUUGCAACUUUCUCUGUGCUGAUGGGGUGUGCUCUUAUUGCUGCUACUCAGUUUAAAUUCGAUUAUGAAUCUUUCGAUGAUCAAAUACCUAUGAAAACAGUCGUUCAAAAUGGAAAUCAGCAACAGGUGAAAGGAAGUAGUCUUCCCAGUUUUCUUACUGAAGGAACAGUCAUGGAUGAUUCACCUAUUCCACCACCACCACCACCUAAACAAGAAGAGACAGCGCCAAAAAGCACAGUGUUCGCCCAAACUACUCGGCAACUUCCGGAAUGGCUAUCUGUCCUUCGGACGUUCGCCAAUCUUCGCUAUGGCGCCUUCCUCUACGUAACUUGGUUCAUGGGUUUCGGCAUAGGGCUGGUGUUCACCUUUCUCUUCUGGCAUCUGCAAGAUUUGGGUGGCACCCCAACUCUCUUUGGAGUGGCGUCCGUCAUCAACCACAUCUCAGAAAUCUUUGCCUACUUCUUCAGUUUUAAGUUCAUCAGGCAGAUCGGUCAUACAAAAGUAUUAUGCAUUGGUCUUAUCGGGAACAUUUGCCGUUUCCUCUACAUCUCUUGGCUGCGCAAUCCAUGGUGGGUGCUACCAUUCGAAUUCGUGCAAGGUAUUACUCACGCAGCCGUAUGGGCCGCUUGCUGUUCCUAUAUAACCCAGGCGACUCCAGCCAACUUGAGGUCUUCAGCCCAAGGAGUCUUACAAGGUCUUCAUCAUGGUCUUGGGAGAGGAUGUGGAGCUGUUAUUGGAGGAAUAUUCGUCAACUAUUUUGGUACUCAAGUAACUUUUAGAGGAUAUGGAUUUGCUAGUUUAAUAGUUCUCAUUCUCUUCGUUUUCAUCAAUUAUUACCGUAAAGAUAAAGGAUUUGCUUCCUUCCAGGAUGAUCAAGAACCUGACACUGUGGUUGAAGAAACAGCGCAUCUUGCUCCUCAUGGAGUACCUUCGAAUCCCAUGGCUAGAUCCCUCUCGAAACAGAACCUGGGAGGUACACGGCCAGGAAUUAACAAUAAUGAAGGAGGUUAUGGAACUACAAACCCGACUUCAAAUUCGACUGGUGGAUAUUUGGGCAUUCCAGGAGAGGGUGGAGGUUACGCAGGGGAGGGCCAAAACUAUACAUCAGAUUUCAAUAUGAAUAAGACUUCUUUCACUCCCACCGUAGAAGCUGGCGGUGCUUUGACUCGGCGAGCCCUAGCUGCAGCCUUCAAUCCGAAAGGUAUUCUUGCUCAGGCAGCAAGUCCUGAAGCGUGUUUUGAAUACGAGUUCAUCAGAAGAGAUUUUAAGGCUUAUGAGGAAGUUACGUCACUGGCUAGAAAUAUUAACGAAAAUGCAAUUCCCAAGCAACAAGUAUUAGUUGGGCCGAAACCAAAAACUACAUUCUACAACCCACAACCUGAAAACCGUACUAAUACGGCCUAUGAUUGGUGAAGAAAUUUGGAAUAUAUCUAUGACAGCCGAAUCUAAGACUGGAAGACCGUGAUAUCAUAAAUAAGGCUCUAAUUAUAUUUUAUGAGUGAUUUUCAUUAUAUUAUUAAACCAAGAGUUCAUCCUUCUAUUGUUACCGUUGCCAGAAUAAUAGAUCUAUAUUUUCAAAAAAAAUAUUCGAAAGGUUGUCAUACGACUGAAGCAUAAACUCAACAUUUUGUUACCGAUUUAUAUAAAUUAUCAUAACUCAGAAUCAGUAUAUAUACUAUUUUCACUGACUACGCUAAUUCGCAGAAUACAACUCGCAUUAGAAUGGUCAUUCUAGUUAUGAAACGAUUUACAUAUGAUUUCGCGCAAUGUAAAUAGUAUACCUACUCAGUAUUAAUAUUUCUUAAUACGUUAUUAAUACUUCAAUGUCAUUAUUAUUUGUUAACUCAAGUAAUGUACUUUUCUAAAUGGGCUGUCUUAUUUUUAUGUUAUUAAUUUUGUUAAUUGCUAGAUUAAACACAGUAAUACGCUCUAUCUUAAAAACGGUGACAAUUAACCGUUUAAAUUCAUUAAGUUAAUCAUCAUCUCACUUUUUCACAGUACUAUGUACACGUUAACAGUUUUAAUUUGCUUAGAAAUGUUUAUGAAUUUUGAAUUUCUUUGCCCAUUCCGGCUAUGUUUUUGCAUAACAUAGUAGUAACGUCCACAUAAAAAAAUUUAAGAUAUAUUUUUCACAUCUCCAUAUAAAAUGUCCUGUAUUGAAUUAUUUUUCAUAACAAUUAUAAAUUUCUUUCUGCAAGUUUAGUUUUAAAACAUUUAUAAAAAUCACCAAAAUUCGAAGUUAUUUUCAUCUGAAAUAGAAAGAGAAAGUGUGCUUUACGUACGCACGUAAUUUGAUGGGCAUAUUUAAAAAACUUUAAAAAGUUUCGACAUAUUAGCCUAGAUUUUUUAUUCAGCGUAUGACAACCCUGUCGUAGAACAGUAAUUACAAAGUAUAUUUACGAGUAUAUAAAAUGUGCAGUUUUAAUGUGCCUCCCACUAAAUACCAGUGGUCUAUAAUGAAUAGACUACAGAAAUCAUAAUACUUAUAACGUGCUGCAUAAUGGGCAGCACGUUAUAAGUAUUAAACUUUCGUUUUGCAUAGAUGUAAAAAUUGAUAAUUUACUCCUAAAUAAAUUUUGACAUUUUUAAUGGAACAGAGAUAAGAUAAAUGUAAAUAACAAUGGUUUUCUUUAAUAUUUUUAGUGAUUCAAAUAAUGCCUUGUAAAUGCACAUUGAAUGCAUGAUUAAUAAGUUAUUUAUAAACUAAUGAAAAUUAUUAGAUAACUGAAGAAAUACAUUAUGCAUUCUAUAAAACUUUACAUAAUUUUCAUUGGUGGAAUUUAAAUAAUAUUUAGGGAGAUGUGGUCUUUCAUUUAAAUUUUGCUUUCCCCCAAAAAGUACUUGCUUCUAUUGAAAUAUUUCUCUGUACUAAAACAAAUGGUAUUAUUUUUCACUGUGAAAAGAUUUUAAAGUAAUUUUGAGUAAAUUAUAUAUUAUUGAAAUUAAGGCGUCCAUCAAACAUCAAGGAACUAAUAAAAUUUCAGAAAAUAGCCAAAGCUAUAUUAGUGAUGUGUUAAAUUUAUUAAAUUUUGUUUAUCUCACAGAAUUUUUUGUUACUUAAAGCAAUCAGUUAUACGUAGAGUUGAUGAGAUUAUAUUAAUAUAUUAGCACUGCAAAACGUUUCAUGAUGAGCAUAAUUAACAAGGCUUUAAUUUUGAAAUCAUACAUUAAAUAAUGCAUACACUUUAAAGUUAAAAUUGCCAUAAAGUUUUCCGAAUAUUUUAGAUUAUUUCAAAGUUACAGAAUACAAGAAGCUGUGCCUGAAAGUCUUAUUGUAAUCAAAUAACAUGCAUCAGAUUAUGUUAGCAAUGUACAGAGGAAGUAAUUCUAACUUAAGCCGAAGAAUUGUCCUGUUAUUCUCUGUCACUGACAGCUGUUUACGCGAAAUUUUAAUCUCGGAUCAUCAAUACUGAAUAUGUCGUUUAAAUAUCCGAGAAGGAGGGUGUACGCCAAAGCCUUUCAAAAAUGUCUUCUCUUCACACAGAAGAUUUAUAUAAACAGUGUAGAGAUGAAGCGUAAGGUGGGAAAACAUUAUGAUUAUCAUUUACCUCUGUGCUUAAUUUCUCUUUCUUGCCCUUGCACUGAAUAAACAGCUAGGAAUUUGCAUAGCUAUGUUAUUACAUUUUAACUUGUUCUUCUUUCUUAAAGGAGGUAAGUAUAAAAAAGAAGAAAGAAAAGAAAGUUCAAACCAAACUCCCUUAUCAGAUACAAUAAGAACUUUAUACAAGGUGUUAAGACUCUCACAGAUAAAAAUGGCAUUAGAAGAAUUAGUUAAGAAUCACCGUUUUCAUUUUUAUUUAUUCCAAACAUUCAUUACUUAACAUGGCAAUCAAGAAAGUAAGUGCAAUUAGGCAAUUACCAAACUUUUUUUAGUAUAUUCAUGCAUCUAUGCUAUAAUAAUACCGGUUUUCACUACAGUUAAGUGGUGGUGUGGUGUAUUUAAUUAUGGCAAAGCACACUAGGGCUACCUGCCUAAGGAGAGGGAUGCCUUCGUGGAGGACUUUCUAAGGGAAACUGCCUCGUAUACACGUUACACAUGGGGAAAACCACGAAAAUACCCAUGCUGCCAGCCAGUUCGCGGGAUUCGAACCUCGGAACGAACUACCAGUGUUCAGCGACUUUACCGCUCGGCCACUGGUAGGCCCUCAACAGUUAAGAGUGAGAAGAAAUUAUGCAACAAUACGCGUAAACUUAAACUAUGGUACAUAUAUCUGUUUUUCAGUUAGUCAACUUCAAAAGUUUUGAAAAAGAAUGUUAUGCGACAUAUUGCAGAUCCAUAUUAUAGGGUUAAUAAACAAAGGAGUAAAUGUAAAAAAGUAAUAACUUAGAUCUCCUAAAACGAUAAAUAUUAAUUAAAAGAACGUUUCAUCGCGUUAUUAAUAUAUUUGCUUGUUUAAAAUAAGUAUAUUGUGAAAUAUAUUUUUUUGACUUAUAAACUCAAUUCAACAAUCAGUCGCAUAACUUCAUUUGGAGAUUCACGAAUUUCUAGAAACAAAAUCGUUCACGAUUUAGUCAAUACAAUACUUAAAUGCAUUAUUUUUCGGUUAAAUUUGUACUGAAGAAAGAUUCACUAUUCUCGUACUUAGUUUAAAUUAAUAAAAUUUAAUAAUUAUAAAAAUAAAUAUAAAUAAUAAAACUGAAAUUUCCUGUAAAUAUUAAAUAAUACAAGUAUAAAUACAUUACAAUAUUUGAUGAAUGUAUGGAAUGUUCUGCAAACAUGCUAGAGAAUAUAUCAUUUACUGAUCUAUAACGACAGUCUUCUCGAAAACAUUUUAAUUACUCGUUCCAUUUACCAAGCAAAGAAAAAUUUGCCAUAACGAAAUAGGAAAUGUGAUUUGGUGGUCCUAAAUAAUAAAUAAAAGAUAUUAUAACGUAACAUGUUGCAUAAAAUAAUACUCGAAAUGGUUUCAUUAUUCUAUAACUAAUAAGAACUAAUAAAUAUUACAUAUGACUCUUUUUAUUUGAUUCAUACUGACUACAAUAGACACCCGAUAAACUGCGGUAAUAAAAGACGCCAUCCACAGUUAACCCAAAAUCCCGGUGAAUACGGCAGCUGUUAAAAAACACAAGAAAGAGAAAUAAUCCUCAUUAUAACUAGCAGAAAAAUGCUGUUAAAAUUUACGUUCAUUUGUAAGCAGUUUAAAUUGGAGAAUUAGCUGGCCGGUAAACUAAAUCUACCCAAGGAUACUUUUCCAAACGGAAGAGACAAUGUUCUUUGUUUACAUUGCCCUUGUAUUUUGAUACUUCUGUACGACUUUAAUUUACUUUUAACAGAUGCUUGAACAAUGUUUAUAUAUUCCAGAUUAUGGCCAGUUAAAUUAGCCUUUUUCUUCUCAUUUUUGUACUUUUCGUAAAGGUUUUGUUAUAUUUUGAUGUUUGUGAUAGCAAAUAUUCCAUUGUUCUACGAUAUACAAACUUUAACUUUCUUUAAAAAUAAUUCUUCUUUAAAAAAAUUCUUCUUUUUUAUGGCCCUGUUCAACAGCAGUCCAGUCAAUAAGGAGUUAGUUGCCUGCAAAUGCAAAGUUAUUAAGUUUUGUAUAGGAAAUCCCAUGUAAUGAUUAUAGAGUAAUUCUACCCAUAACAUUAGGAAUACCAUUUAUUUGUUAUACAGUACAAGCAAUUAUAUUGUAAAGGUAUACUGAAUUAUAAAACAGCUUUUUUUUUUAUUUAUUUUUAUCUUUGAAGUGGCAUAUACUAUUCCAUUUGAGUUGAAGUUACAAGUAUUUAAAGUUAAAUAAAUCAGUUAGUUUGACUAAUAAAUUGCUUAAAAAUUUUAGAACUUAAGUUUAACUACAUUUUACUAAAAUUCUUUGAUAAUUACCAAAAUCGAAGUCAAAAUUAUGAUUUAAUAAAAUAAUUGAACCAAUUAAUUAAUUAGGAAACACUCUUAAAAAUAUUUUAAAAAUUAGUAUUAGUUAUUUUUUCCAUAUAGUGACCAACAAGUAAAUUUUGUCUAAAUUUUGUAAGAGGUUUAAUUUACAAACAAAACAUUAUAUAUAAAGAAUAAAAAACAGCACUAAAACUGAAACUGUAAAAGUUAUAAUACUAUAAAAAAAACUUUGUUACGAAUCUGAUACAUUUAAUGUUUUUAUAAUAUCAUUCGCUGUGUUUUAAUAAUUUCGAAUUUCUUACCUUUGAAAUGAAUGAAUAAGAUGUAAAAAAUAUACGGUCUCUUUCGAUGACUGAAUUAUAUUUCUAACAACCUCAUCGUUAGCUCGGUAACAAAUACUUUCUGACAAUAUUGAAUAAUGACACAUUUAUGCUUAAAACUUUGAAACGCCCUAUUUUUCUUCAACAUCUUUGUCAUGCAUUUCAUCUGUGUGCAAUAUGUAUUCAUAUCAAAAGUUUAACUGCUUCCAUGACUCAGGAAAUUUAUGUUCCUGUAGUCAUCAUUGAUGAAGAUUCAGCAAUAAUUUGUGUAUGGGAUGAUAAAAUGACACUGGAUUACGUUCUUUAAUGAAUCCAUUAUUUUGUGAUUUACAUUUUAAAGUUGAAUAAACCAUAAUUAUGAGUAUCAUAAGUUUUUAGGUGUUAUUGAGAAUGUAAACCUAUUAAAUAUUGGUAGAUAAUGUGAUGAAUCAUUGUAGUGAGUAUUCUCAUGCUGUACAUAUGAGCAACUAAACUCUUUCCCAUGCUAACGGUGAUUUGAAAUAUGGGCUAUAAAACCGUACUACAUUCAGAUUUUAUAAUUCUUUCCUUAUAGUUUUACAACUAAAUUGUGUAUCUUGGUUUUAAUUUAAUUUAACUACAUGUCUACCGACAUUUUAUUUUUUGAAAUCUUUGUCUGUGUCUGAAUACAUUAGAAGCAUUCUGUGAAUUUAUAAAAUGAAUUUUUUUUAUUUCUUUCUUUGGUAUAUAGAAAUAGAAAAUAUUUAAAGGAAAAUUAAGUGGCCAAAAUUUCAAGCGUGAGUUUUAUAAAGAUAUUCCAGAUGCAUCAUUUCUUUCAUGUGUGAAAUAAUUAUAAAAUUAAUUACAAAAAAAUUAUUAUUGCAUACAUCAAUAAUUUUAUUUCACACUUGAAACUCAAACUGAAUUGGAAGCAUUUAAAAGAAAUGUUGGUAGCACAUUCUGUGAAUUUUAUUUUGAAAGCAUGCUUUAAUUUUAUUUAUUAGAUUUUAUGCUUUUGAUUUGCAUUCUUUCA